UUCAAAAUUUAUACAAAAAAUAAAAUUUAUGUUAACUAAAAUAUUUACCAGCCAGUUGACAGUAAAUCUUGAUGACUUAUCAUCGGAAACAUUUAUUGUGACCCAACAGUAAGUUCAAUUAUCUAAUAAAUACUUUUGUUCUAAAUAAGCUUGUUUUAUUAGACAAACUUAUGAACAUCAGCAGUCCAGUUAAAGCAAUUGUUAACAACCGUUAGCUUAUUUGAUUUUACUAAUUCUGCUGCUUUUUUAUCACCUUUUUUACAUUUUUUUUAUCCUGUGCAUACGUAAGGCUGGAGGGCGCUACCUGAAAAAUAGCCGGUACAAUUAUUUUCAUCAACCUAGUUGAGAUAUUUUUUAUGGGCAGCAGUACCUUUUCAUCUACCAUUGCAAGUUGAACGCAGUCACUCGUGUUAUGACUUGCUGUUGAUUAAAUAAGAACCAGACUAAAAAUCUAGGAGCUUCAGCUCUAAUGGGAGUAUGAUCGUGGUAAGCAACAGGUUGCCGUUUGUGCUAAAGAGAAAUGAAGAAACUGGAAAAUUAGAGCGUAAAAGCAGCGCUGGAGGUCUUGUUACUGCAGUAGCGCCCGUAGUGAUAAAUGGCAACGGAAUCUGGGUAGGAUGGCCGGGUAUGCACAUGGAAGAUGUAAACGAGCAAAUUCCAGAAUCUGAUCCUAAUGACAAAACUCCAACCGCUGGUUUACUCUCGAGUAAGGUAGUCGCAGUCCACGUAGAACCCGAUAAAUUCGACGCGUACUACAACGGCUCGUGCAAUGGAACCUUUUGGCCACUGUUCCACUCGAUGCCAGACCGUGCGACUUUCAACGCGGAGCAUUGGCGCGCAUACGUCGCCGUGAAUGAAGAAUUCGCGGCGAAAACGGUGAAAGCGCUGGAGCAGAUCCACGAGGAGCAGAAGAGCAAGCCAAACGGGACUCCUUUGGUCUGGGUGCACGAUUACCACCUGAUGUUGGCGGCAAACUGGAUCAGACAGGCAGCAGACGAGAAGAACUUGAAACUAAAACUUGGUUUCUUCCUGCACAUCCCUUUCCCGCCGUGGGACAUCUUCAGAUUGUUCCCUUGGGCAGACGAAAUCCUCCAGGGGAUGCUGGGCUGCGACAUGGUGGGCUUCCACAUCCAGGACUACUGUCUGAACUUCGUUGACUGCUGUCAGAGGUGUCUGGGCGGCCGAGUCGAUAGGAAGAACCUCCUGGUGGACCACGGAGGCCGGACAGUCAGAGUGAGACCGCUGCCGAUUGGAAUUCCCUUCGACCGGUUCGUUUCUUUGGCAGAAGCCGCGCCAAAGGUGAUUAUGACCAACCUGAAGAUCGUCCUCGGGGUGGACCGGCUUGACUAUACUAAAGGGUUGGUCCAUCGGCUGAAGGCUUUCGAGAUGCUGCUAGAAAGACACCCAGAGCACCGCGAGCAGGUGACCAUGCUGCAGAUCGCUGUGCCGUCGAGGACUGACGUUAGAGAGUAUCAGGAGCUCAAGUUGGAGAUGGAGCAGUUGAUCGGGUCUAUCAAUGGAAGGUUCACUACGCCCAACUGGUCACCAAUUCGCUAUAUUUAUGGGUGUGUUAGUCAGGAUGAGCUCGCUGGGUUCUACAGAGACUCUGCUGUUGCUCUGGUUACUCCUCUUAGAGACGGAAUGAAUCUUGUGGCCAAAGAAUUCGUUGCUUGUCAGAUUAACACUCCACCGGGUGUUUUGAUCGUUUCACCUUUUGCUGGGGCUGGGGAAAUGAUGCAUGAAGCUCUGAUUUGUAAUCCUUAUGAAAUUGAUGAAGCUGCUGAGGUUAUUCACAGAGCUUUGACAAUGCCAGAAGAUGAACGUACACUACGUAUGAAUUAUUUACGUCGCCGUGAAAGAAUAUACGACGUUAAUUACUGGAUGAAAUCAUUUUUACAAGUAAUGGGAUCAUUGGAGGAACAUGAUUCUGUAGGCGCGACUGUAAUGCAGCCUGUUACGAUGGAUGACUUUGAUGAUUAUUUAAGCAAGUACAUUGGUGAUGAUCAUAAAUUGGCGCUACUGCUUGACUACGAUGGUACUCUCGCGCCAAUAGCGACCCACCCUGACUUGGCCAUUCUACCUUUGGAGACCAAGAACGUUCUUCAGCGACUGAGCAACAUGCCUGACGUCUAUAUCGCUAUUAUUUCUGGAAGAAACGUUAAUAAUGUUAAAUCAAUGGUGGGCAUUGAUGGAAUAACGUAUGCCGGUAAUCACGGUCUCGAGAUUCUUCAUCCUGAUGGCAGUAAAUUCGUUCAUCCUAUGCCAGUUGAGUUUGAGGGUAAGGUUGGAAAUUUGAUGCAGCUUCUUCAGGACCAGCUCUGCAGAGAUGGUGCUUGGGUAGAAAAUAAAGGAGCCUUGCUAACCUUCCACUACCGAGAAACCCCGAUAGAAAUUCGAGGCAACUUAGUCCAGCAAGCAAAAAAAUUAAUAGAAGAAGCUGGUUUUAAAGCUUGUAGCGCUCAUUGCGCUAUAGAAGCUAAACCACCAGUUGAAUGGAAUAAAGGACGCGCUUCAAUAUACAUUCUACGCACGGCUUUCGGUCUCGAUUGGAGUGAAAGAAUAAGAAUCAUUUACGCUGGUGACGACGCCACCGAUGAAGACGCUAUGAAGGCAUUGAAAGGAAUGGCUGCUACCUUCCGCAUCACGUCUUCCCACAUUGUCCGCACAUCAGCAGAGAGAAGAUUACCCAGUACCGACUCUGUUCUGACGAUGCUGAAGUGGGUGGAACGACACCUCGGCAGACGUAAGCCCCGCAACAAUAGUCUCGACAUAUCAAACCGCUUUAGACGCAGCAGCGGCGGUGUCACCAUGGAGAUGUCCUUCACAGAGCCUCAGCAUUCACUUGCUCAUUAAUAUUUCAAUUUUACAAUAUAAUAGUCAUUCGAAAUUUUUUGGGUUGCCAACGUAGCUCUAGACACUAGAUAUGUAGACUUACUGUUCUACUUACAAGAUCGAUUUUAGGGUACUCUGGCGAAACCUUAACGGUUCAGUUAAAA